AUGCCAUCAUCGUUUGCGAAUGCAUUAUUUGGAUGCGCUUGCUGUAAAGGUACCAAAUGUAAAUGUAUAUAUGGACGAAGAAAGAUCAACAAAAAUAAGCCACAACAAAAUGAAUCAACAAAUGAUAUCUCUAGACAGUUUAGUCCAGUACCAUCAUCACGACCACCAAUACUGCUAUCCUCCUCAUCGUCCAAAUUCAAAUCCAAGUGUCAAUCGAAUCGACAUCACAAUGGUAGUGAUGAUGACGACGACAGUUAUCAUAUACCAGGUUCACGUCAUAUACCAAAGAAGGUCUACAAACCGAUUCUGAAGCCGGCUGGAUCAAGACGCGAUUCUCGAUUACCGCUGGCUGUUAGUCGACGUUUGAACUCGUUGAAUGGAGCUGCAGCUACGGCAGAAACAAGAAAUAAGACGUGUGCUGAGGAUGAAAGUGGUCACCUCGUCAGCGGUACCGCAGCCAAUAAUAAGAAAUCGCCAUCGACGAGCAUUCAGUCAUUUCCUACUGCAUCAGCUAACACUGAUACUACACAUCAUCCUUCUAAUGAUAUUACCAAUAACAAUACUAACCACGUUACUAAAACAAUACCAAUCAUAAUUUAUGAAACAACAGAACGAGUGGCAUCAACUGAAAUAGUGGAACAACGAAAUGAGGUUAAUGAAAUGCGAACACAAAAUCAAAAUCGACAUGAGGAAGAAGCUAAAGCUGCAACGGUGACAGGAAUAAUAUUUGUUGAUGAUGAUGCAAGUUCGCAGAUGGUCACUGAAGAGCAUUCGACCGCAGUCUCAGAAAAGCUUUUAACAUCCACCUCUUCUUACAGGCAUAGUAAACGAAAAAAGAACAAAAAGAUAACAACAAUGAAACGUCGUGGCUUUAAGCACCUUUUCACACAGCAACAACACCAACAAAACACUACCACAACUUAUUCCAGGAGCAACAUCGAGGCAGCGACUGACGUAGUUGAUGAUGAGAAGACGAUGAGCAUAGGGACUGGCGCAGGCGACGGUGCAGAAUCAGAACAACGUAAACGACCAGCUCGAUUUUUUCAGAAAUUCUUUCGACCGAUUACCGGUGGUGGUUCAUCAUCAUCGUAUACAACGUCAUCCCGAGAUGGUGACAGUCCACAGAUGAUAACGACUAGCACCAGUCGGGUGGCUGAUGAAGAUGAAUACACUGAUAUCAAACGUGAAAUGUCUGUGCCAGUAUCGCCGAAAAGUGUCAAGUUCCGAGAUGAACUGCCAGCUAGGCGGGGUCAAAGUGCUGUGCCACAAACAUCAUCAUCCAAACAAUUUGGAUCAACUUAUGGUAAUGAUUACAUUGACGGACCGCCGUCAUCAAAAAAAGUAAUGCCGCAACCAUUGGCAUGGCGAUCACAACAGCCACAGUCGAGUUGCGAUGCUCUCGAUGAGGCGACACGUCACUUAUUGGAGCUUUCGGAUCAAAGCAGAGCGCACAAUGUUAUGAUUACAACGCCGACAACAACAACAAUACCAAGUGGUGUCCAUCAUGGUCGUGGGACAGCAGAUGCAACCGCAGUAGCUAGUACAGCAAGAGCUGCAGUUGGAGAUGGAGCUUCGACGUCCAUCUCAUACAGCAAUACGGCACGCCUAACACCAGCUGCCGACCAACUGCAAAAAUCAGCAUCAACCAGCUCAAUGAACAAAGUGAUCCGAACAAACGAUGGUGGAAUACUAAAAUUAGCCAAUGUUUUCACUUGGGAUGCGGCACGAUUAAGGGAACAUAGUGCGACGCCUCGUCCAACCAGCCCCAUAGAGCAUACGAUACAAGGCGCUGAUGGUAAACCGCAAACAUUCCUCGUAUACCGCGAUGGGUUAAGGAGAGGACCACCAGCUGUGCAGACAAAUGUACAAGGCAAAUUACAAAUGGAUAAGAUCGUUGGUGCAGAUCUAAGCAAUGUUGAACAUUGUUUUAGUAGUGGAUGGACAAUUAAGGAUACUGUUACUAAUUAUAAGGUUAAAACAACAAUGGGUGAUCGGACGUUAGUGAUAGAGGAAUGUAGGUUGCCGAACGGAGAAGAGUACAGCAACGCGAACGAAUAUAAGAUGAGUGUUUACAAGGAGAAUGAACUGAAAACGCAACAUCAAGCCGAUAUUGAAAUACCGCCGAAUACGAGCAAAUCCGAAUAUUUGGCUCAUCUCAGUAAACGCCUAUUACGCGAUAUGGAGAUGCUUGAAGAGAGUGAAGCGAAUUGUCAUGAAAAUAAAACAACGCCGAAGAGAGGAACAAAACAACCUCCAAUAACAACACGUGUUGAAGUGGAAGUAGUGGAAGAUGUAACGAAAUUGCUGAAGACGUAUAUCAUUGGUCAACGAGUUGAACUGCAGCAACAGCAGCUGCAGCAAGCAAUUACUACACCGCAUGUUCAAAUAGAACUUGAUCAAGCGGCCAUUGAUGCUUCUGACGAAUUCACUUCAUCACACACAUACGAACGUACAUCUGAUAAUGAGGAUUUGAGCUCGAUGCACAUUGAACGCGUUGGUCAUGAAUAUAUCGAUAAGUUACAACCAAAACCUCGAAGUAAACUGCCGAUCGAACAGCAGCCGGCGCCCACUGAUAUACGACUUCAAACUGAAGGACAUCGCUUCAGCGGUCAAAGUCUACUGGUUAAACGGUCUGCUCAAGUAGAAUCUGAAGAAUCGUCAGAAAGUACAACAACAACAGCUGAUUUUGAGUGUUGCGAGAAGGUAUUUGCUGAAUGUGAAUUGAUUCGGACAGAAGAUUCGUCACGAAAUGAGGUGGUCGUCAGUGAGCCACAUACUUUUUCAGCACAACUCGAACUGAUUCAUAAACGUCAUUUGUUGAUGAGUGCAUCAUCACUAGUUGAAAAAGAAGAAGAUGCGACUAGUAAACGACGAGCAAUCACUGAAUGUGAUUUGGUACGUACUGAAGACUGUUCAUGGAACAGUGUAGUGAUUGCAAUGCCUCGAUUAGAGUUCGUCAAAACUUCACUGAAAGCUUUCAGUGCAGUACAGCAAGCAGAAGCAGCCAGCUAUGAUAUUCAGCAACAAGGGCAAGUCUUCGUCGGACAAACGACCGUCAAGAAGCAGCGCAUUAUGCAUUACGAAUCCGCCGACGAAACACCCGUCGAACGGGUCAGUGAAGCACUGCCGGCUAAUUACGGAAUGCAACAACUUGGACAACAGUUCAAAGGUGAAGCUCUCUUGAAACGAACGCGACAUUUCAUCUCAUCAGAUUCAGUCGAAGAUGAACAACCCGAACAACGGCAACAACAACCUAAGGGUGGAAUCACUCAAGUGGAUCUCGUCAAAAACACAUCACACGCUCAUUUCGAUGUUACUAUUGUGAUUUCCAAUGAUCUGAAGCCACCGCCAAUCCGACUUAAGGAAAGUUUGGAGAGUGAAAGAGUUGACCUGACGGCUUGCUUCGCUCGACACCAAUCUGAUUCGCUGAAAGAAGAGGCGGUUAUGCGUGAUCGAAAUGCAUGGCUCGAAACGUUUAGUGGUCGCGAAAUUGGAGAAGAACGUACAGAUCUGAUCGUAGCAAUUCAAAUGACAACACAACAAGAUAAGCUGCGACAAGAAACACAAACCAACUGGUGUGCAUCGAUCGUUGGCCGCGUUUCGGAACGUUUCCGUGAAUGCCAAGAAGAACAAGCGAUGGCCGUUUUCGCAUUGCAGUCUCAAGCAGCUGCUCAAAUGUACGAUCACUAUCACACUGAAUGUAUCCAUCGAGAAGCACGACUCGAACGUGUGAAAUUCUCAACGGAUGCAAGUGAAGAAGAGAGUGUUCUUUCGAAAAUAAUGAUUGCAUCUUCGGAAGUGACUGAUUAUCAAGCACAAAUUCAAUUGGCAUCCGCCAACUGCACAUCUGUUCAGCAUUCGUGCGUCGAAGCAGUAACAUCGAACGCAUCAAUUAUGGUCUACUUAAAGAACAAUUCGGCAACAACGUCAACAUUAAGUGCACAACAUCUCAUUAACGAAAAGCAAUCACUGCGAGGCACCACAUUCCAAACACAAGCAACAACUGAAGAAAGCAUUCACAUUGACUUAGGUAUUCGAAGUAGUUUCACGCAAUUUUGCAACGAUGCAAACGCAGAUAUGCAAAUUUGCGAUAAGAUAUGCACGAAAGUGCAGCUUGGAAUGAGGUCUAGUCAAGAAACGAACGUAACGUUAACAAUGGCAUUAAGUAGAAGUGCACGAAUGGAAGGUGAAAGUAUGCGAUGGAUGACGAGAGAACGACAAAAACAAAGCUAUACGGUGGCCGAGUUCGGUGAUGAGGUGGAGACUUUGACCGUGAUGCUACAAAAUUCAGGCGCAACACGCGGACAAGCCGUCGGUCAAUUGGCCGAGCCAGAUAAUCGAGCUGAGCAUGAUGAGGAUGAUGACACUGAAGAACAAAAACGGAACGAACUAAAACGAGAAGAAAAUGAAGAAGAAGAAGCACAAGCAUCAAAAGAAUUCGUGAACGAUCUGAUGUACAACGAAAACGUAAAACAGUCGAAGCGUAUUGUUCAUAUAAGAGUCAGUGAGGAGCCCGAAAGAAGAAAGAUAACAAACACGAAAUGUUUCAGUGAGGAUGAUAAAUCGCUAACUGAUCAUUCUGCAUGGCCGUCUAGCAACAACACCAACGAUUUAUGUGUGGAGAGUAUGGCUGAAAUCUGCUAUCUGAUCAAGGUGACACGAACAGAAGAAAGUGGUGCAUGUACAGUGGAGAUAAACGUUGCACGCAGCCAACGCUGGAGAUCGGCCCUCAUUUCGAAUAGUCUUGCGGCGCAUGAGACUAACAGUUGCCACGCAAAUACAGUUCAGUUGCAAGUGAUUGCUUCAUCAAGCCUAUCAUCCUCAUCAAAUAAUUGCAAACAAAGUGAGGAGCAAAAACAAAGCAAAGAUACUCAAGUGAAAAGAAUUGAAACUGAAGAAGAGAAUAUCACUAAACAACACAUCACUGCUAUACGUAUUGUACCAAUUGAAGUGAGUAAUGAGAACAGAAGUGAUCAUUAUACAGAGGAGUCAGUAUCAUCACUGAUCGAAAACAAGAGAAUGUUUCAAAUUGAUCAGCAAACGAUCGAUUCCCAAAAAAUUCAUCGUCAAGUACCAAUUCGUGUGUCUGCUACUGCUGAAGCAAACAGUAUCGAUAAUGAUCGGCAAUAUUCGUCUUUUGAGUCUCUUCAGGUGUCAUCUAGUAUCCGCGAUGAAAUUGACGAUCUCCAUAACAGGAUUUUGAAAGAUUACGGUCGUAUUCGAAAGACAUUUGUGGAUGACAGAGACGAGAUUCCACUGAAACAUGCAGCCAGCUGCGAAGAUGACCUAGGCUCGUUGUCGGGUACUUCAACAACAGUGAUGAGUGCGUAUGAAGAUGAUGAUAUGCACCGUCGAGGCUACUACCGUCACCUGGAUCAACAACAUCGAUCUCAGUCAACAACGAAUGUAGACGAACGACAACGAUAUGGCACAGAUUCACGACAGCGCAGAUAUAAUGAGUACAGUUUGACAGCAGAGUCACCUAACACACAUUCAAGUGCAUCUGAUUAUCGCUGCUCUACUUCAGACUACCGUCAGCAUUCAUCAUUAUCAUCGUCGUCGACCAAUGCAAGAGAGGUCCAAAUCAGACGACUGCCUGAGGAUCGUCGGCGCUCAGCUAGUAGUGGAGCGGAUACCGUGAAGACAUUAACCGAAGAUGAGAAACACGCACCUUUCGAUCGAGUGUUACGGUUGCGAGAGGAACUAAGGGAACUGCAAGAGAAUCCGAGCCGAGGUUGGAGUCAUGACUUGAGUGCGGCACGAAUUGCGAUGAUGCAGGCGGGUGUUGAUCUUGAAACGGUACUCUUGUCCACUCCAGCAAGUAUGUUUGCUGAGAAUGCGAUACGUCGUGAAAUGCAAUUGCAUGAUGAUGCCAAACGUUCGUUAAUGCAUGCACAACGAUGCAUCUCGGAGAGCGGAUAUCUAGACGAUGAUUAUGAGGAGGAUGAUGGCGCUUGGCGAGUGGAGUCCGGAGGUUAUGGAUACUACCGAUCGUUUGAGUAUCGCCAUCAAUGGUCUUCAGAACGGGACAUCCGUGCGGUUUCUAUCGAACACUAUCAGUCACCGAAUCGUCGCCACCUGCGAUCAUCAAGUUCUGCCACACGGCUCGAACGACUUGUUCGUGCUCAACAUGAUUAUCUAGACGUUGAUGAUGAAAUAUCCAGUGACAUUCGUAAUCGUGCCAUUGAAACAAGAAACCUUAAAGACAAGUCUCAACUGCAGCAACAAUACCUAGUUGAGGGUAUCAACGACAAUCAUGAACGCAUAAAAAGCGAAACUGAGAGGCGACAAGUCGAAGAGCAGCGACAACAAAAUCGACGAAUGAUUCAAAUUGAGCGUGAUGAUAUGAGAAACUCAAUAAAUGAACAAUUCAAACAGGAUAUGGAUCAUAAAUUGCCAUCAACCAUCCAAACUUAUUCUAGUAAAUCAACACAAACUGAAACAUCUAAGCAACCGCGUAGACAUUUUGAUUAUAUUACAACAGUAGAUACGGUGAUUCGUCCUGACGAGCAGAAACAAGUAAAACAAGAAAGAGAUUCGAAAAAUGUCGAAAAAUGGCAGCAAAUCGAGAAGAAAUCGUUUGUCGAUGAAACAACGACCAAAGAAUCGUCCAGUUUUGCGAUGACAGUUACAUCUGCAAAAGUGCCAUCAGCCGAGGUGACGACAAACACCGUGUCUGUUAUUCAAACGACACAAGCGACGCAAACAGAUGAUCAAGUACCGAGUGAUGCGGAAACUAGGUUCAGCACGAUGGACAUUCAAUCAGCAACUUAUAGUCAAAAUAUUUAUGAUCGUAGUCUAGUAUUCAAACACACUGACAAGAAGAUCAUUGAAUCUUCUGCUAGAGAAAGUUGCAUGCAACAACAACAGCAGUUGCAGCAGUUCGUCAAAGAUUCAACCGCAGAACAAUUGCAGGAGUCAAGUAAACUUCAAAUGAACUCUGAGUAUGGCGAUAUCUUUGAAAAAAUAGAGCACGGGCAAAUCUCUGAUGGCACAAAACGCGCAAUAAUAACUGAUGAACAUGUGACUGAUGACGAGAAAAGAAUCGCUGUUGAUAGUCAGUGGUCAACUGUAAUUCAAGAAGCGGAUGCUGAAAAAUAUUUAGCUAGUAAGGAAUUCGAAGACGAGCGUCUUCGGAUAAUGGCGAGUUCUGAGAAAACAUAUACGGAAAACGGCGAAAUUCUCAACAAAUCACACGAAACAGAUGGUGUCGGAAUGCAACAACACCUGCACGAAAAGGAAUCCAUCGAACGUGGAUGGACAAUCAGUUUCCAUGGAAUGGAUGAAUGUAUAGAAAAUACAACUGCUGAACAAAAAUCGAUGGUUGAAGAAAAGUUUGAAAAUCAACAAAAACAACAGCAAUAUGUUGAAGACGAGGAAUAUUUUGAAAAAGAGGGUAACGAGGAAUGUAGCACUGAAGGACAGUUUGUAAGGAUUACGAAGCGUCAACCAACUGAAAGUGUUGAAGUAAAGAUGAAUUUACAAAGAAAUUUGAAGAUUCCUUUAAGGUUGACGUGUGCAAAAGAAGAAAGCAUUUCACAGUCGAGCGCACUAGAAAAACAACGAAUCACGGGACUUGACGAAGAGGCAAUUAUUCAAGUGCUCAAGAUUGAAAAAGGUGGUACAAUUUCAUCAUCCAUGAACGCUGCUGCCGAAUCAUUCAGCUCUAAUACGACUGAUCUAUCCAGAAAGUCUGAUGAAUCGAUCGCGCAAGAGACCAUGGUUUUGAGGGAAAAAUCCGAAGUAGCGUCGAAAAAUUUGAUCGAGACAAGCGUAAAAGAAAAGAAUUACAUCGGCGGAUGGGAUCAGAUAGUGCGAGAGAUGUCAACUGAAGGCAAAUUCGAUGAAAUCUUAAAAAUUAGCGAAACACUGACAACAAAAUCAUCUGAAGAGAAUGUCAUAGUCUUAUCACCAGAAAUUCAACACCAAAACCAACAACAACAGCUUAGUACCGGUACCGUAAUACGAACGCGUUUACUAUGUGAGGCCUGUGCAGAAAGUGAGCAGUUCGCUAUCAACGAACAAUACUGUCAAGUAAUGUUUGAGAACGCUCAACAACAAAUAUAUGUGAUAUGUGUGCAUGUUAUAGAGCAAAUUCAAUCUCAGCAAUUCGCAAUUUCAGUACCACAGUUUGGCUCCACUGAAACUGAGGCAAUCGCCUACUUUAAUCGAAUAUCAGCACCGGUUAGGAAGCGUUUGGAGAAAGAUGAAAUUGUAUGUGCGCUGCAACGAGUAUGGCAAGAAACGUUUACAACAGAUGCUAGCAAGCAUGAGAUUAUCACUGCAGAUGACAUUCAUUUGAGUGUUGACGAACAAACGCAAUACUCAAACGUGUUUUCACUCAAAGAAAUAACCGAAAUGGACAGUAAACUUUCAUGCGAAGCUGCACACGAAGAAACUGUUGCGAUUGAAGAUACGGGCAUUGUCAAUUUGGAAGAUACUUCUUCAGCGGUUCAUCAAACGAUUCAACAAAUGAGUCAUGCGAAAGUGCUCAGCAAACCAUUGCGAGAAAUUGACGCGAGUGCAGCAGCGAAAUUCAUCGACACAUCAUGCACAACAGUGAUGAAUGAAGAGGAUGUUGAAGUAAGCGUUUACGAGACUUUCAGAGAUCAUGCCUCGAUCUCAACGCAAGCUCCAAAAAGUAGUUCGGUAGACAUCGCUCAACAACUUCAAAUGCUAUCAACCGAAGAUAGUAUCGGAUUAUCUAUACCGAUCGCGAUACAAUUUCAACGUUACCAAGAAAAUUUUGCUAUCAGUGAACAGAGUCACGAACAACUGUUUGAAUCAAAAAAGAGCGAGUGGAUGCAAACUGAAGCAUCGGCAGUUACAUCAAUGGUUGAUCAUGUCACGGGUGCAUUUGUUGAAUUCGGUGAUACACAAGCAAAUGCUGGCAUAUUAUUGAUGCGUAAAAGCGCCACCAAAAAGAUGGCUAAUGCAAGUCAUACUGUUAGCAUAAGCACAACAUUAACGCAAACACUCGACACUUUAGCCGCUGAACAAUGUUUCCAAAGCGUUUCGGCUACUUUGGAAGUACCUUCAGCAAAGAACAAAGAAGAUACGAACAGGACUUUGGCGAUCUCGUGUACGGAUAACGUUCAGUUGAAUACCAUUCACUCAACUGAAGAAACAACCGCACAAAAUAUCGAUCUGUUACAGACGAAAGUACUGCAAAAAACUGCAGAAGAUGCGGAAUAUGUGCUGCAUUCAUCAAAUCGUGAACGUUUGAUUGCAGAAAAAUUGCGCGAGUACGAGAAUGAUGCGUUCGAGAUACUUUCUGAAUGGACGACAGUUGAUAGGGACUUAGAAGCCUACAGAAUAUUACAUGAUAGAAUUAACGUGAAACAUGUAGUUGCACUUGUGGCAAGUUCCGAGGAGAAUGUUCAAGUGAAUGCGGAAUGGAAUCAAAAAGAGCAAGUAAUGGAUGUAACAUAUUGCCUAACAGAUCUGGUGUUUGACAGUUGUGAGCGAACGUUUGAGAUCGAGUUGCGCGAUUCGCAAGGGAUCAUACUGGAAAAGCAAGCACAAAAUGAGGCCACAUUUGCAGUGGAAAAAGAUGCACAUCGUGAACAAGUUGUUAUGCGUGUUCGUGAAAGUGAAGCAGUGAAAAUGAAUGUGAUUAUUAACCUGCACAAAGUAUCACCAGCACAACGUCAGAAGAUUUUUACGAACGAAUGCACAUGGGCUGAUCGAUUGAACAUUUCAGUUGAACCAAUUUAUGUGAAAUGCGAGGCGAGUGAAAGUGAUUACAUUGCGGUGCAACAACAUAUUAACCGUCGCCGUAAUUCCUCGCAACAGCAGCCGGACGAUCUCUCGGUUGAAUGUCGACGAAUCGUUGCAAAUAGCAUUGAGCCGAUAGAGUUCGAAUGUGAUGCAGCCAGUGAUGAACGUCUCAAAAUGCUCGUCGACAUCCACUGCAAACCAGUCGCUCAUGAUGAAUAUGAAAAGACAUGGCCAUUAGCGAAUCGUUACGGUUCUGUUUUGGUAUUUGAGACUGAAGAAUAUAGCGACGAGAAAUGUGCAAUCUUCGUACAACUCACAUCUAAGCAACUUACUUUCGCUGACUGUGAUUGGUAUUCGGCGAUUUGUAGACGCUAUGAAGCAUCACCUCUCUUGUUAACCACUAAAGCCGCACUUGAUGUGACCGCUGAACUCAUCGAAUACCAGCACCAUGUUCCGUCAGAACAUAGCCAUAUUUCGCAAAUCAUUCACAUUGCCAAUAAAAAUGAACAACCGGUAUUGAUGGAUUUAUGGGAACCACAACAACAUUUACUUACAAUCGGUUUGCAAUACGCGAAAGAUGAAAAUAAAUCAGCUGUGGAACAUUGUCUAGUGGAUGCACGUUUCGGCGGUGACUAUGUGCUCAAAACGAAAGCCACACAAGAGCACGAACGUAGCGCAACGUUGCAAUUCUCAAGAAGAACCCAACUGGAAAUGGUCAAAAUCCAGCAACCACACAAGUUCACCGCCACACUGCAGUUGUCCGUUAAUGCAUUCACAACUGAAACUAUUUCGGAGACACUCACAUGUAAUAAGCUUCCUUCUGAACAUCUACAAGCUGCUGUGUAUCGGGAAUGUGCUCGAAAGGAUCAAGUCAACGCGAGUUUCAAUGAAUCAACUCAGAUUAUGCAUACAAUUCAUGCACAUUUCAAAAUUAAUGCACAAUCUUCUCAUGCACUUCCCAUCACUUAUCCAUUGGCUCAUUUCGGUGGUCAUUUCAUAUUGGAUACCGAAUCUGCUGAAGAAAAUCACUGCAAGAGUGAGUUCAGAUUGGUGAAGAAUGAAUGCUUUAUGAAUAGUUACGCAACGUUCAACGCACCCAAUCACUGUGCACAGCCAAUGCCGCUACAAACAAAAUGUGCCACCGAACGCUCGACAGUGUGCGUUUAUGAUUGGUCGAAAAACGCACAAUGUCAGGUCGUUGAUAUUGUAUGCAAGGAAGCAAAUCAAGAAGUAACUGUUGUAAAUUUGUUGGAAUGCUCACUGAUCAACGAGACAACUUAUUUGCAAUAUUCGAAAGAUGAGCAACAUUUGAGAAGCGAUGAACGAGUUGUUGAUGAAGCACGUUUCGGUGGUAGACUGCUUCUGCAAACAGAUGCCGCCGAAGAGCAUCAACUUACUAUCUGCCGUCAACUUGAAUCCAGCCGGGCGUUUAUAUUGCAUUCGAGCAGACUGCUUGUCGAACGUCCCCCGAAGCUGAAAAUACAAGCCACACUAAACGCAUCCAAAAGUGAAGUGCAUGAGAUUGAAGUAGAUUUGAUGGCAACUGUGAAUAAGAAUAAAGAGGAAGUGAAUGCCGUCUUAAAAGAGAGGGUGCUUGAACGAUGCUGUGCGCCGUACACCGUGCAAGAGUAUGAGCAUGAAGAGGUAACUGCAAACGCGUAUUAUAAGAAAGGUUCAACGACGCACGUUUCAGGUCAUUUGAUUGCAAUGGCCCGAGAUGGCGGUUCAUUUACACUCGUCACUGCAUCGAGUACUUCUGACGAAUGCAUUCUCGAUUGUUGGCUCGAGAAGGACCGUUUUGUUGAGUUAUUUUGUUCUCAAACAAUUUAUGUGUCGAAUGACAAUCAAGUGCCGUUAAUGUUAAGUACGAAACAAUCUGAAUCCGAAGUGAGCACCAUCGAGCAAAUUUUACGACGAAACAUUGAGAUGGCUGAGAAGUAUGUGACAAUAAAAACUGACAACAGAUAUCAACAACGAAUACAAUGUCGACUAAAUGAAAUGAGUGAAGAGCAAGAGAUAACACAUUAUCAAUUUCGACGUCCUGAUGCAGUAGCUGAUAACGUUGAAUAUGUGCGAAAGGAAAAACGUUAUGGCGGCUCUGGGAUGCUUCAAACUUUAGCUGCUUCCGAUGAAACAGUCACGAAAACAUUCAGUUUAGAAAGACAACGACAAUCGAUGAACGCUGCAUCAUUUGCAAUCAAGAUCACUAAUCGCCUCAAACCGAUCCACUAUAGCACAGCAAGCAGCUCUGAAGAAACCGUCGAAAUCAGCUCCUUAAUGAAAACUGAUGAUCGUUCUUCAUCGCAAAGCGUUUCAAAAAUAUGCCAAACAUCGAAUAUUGAAAAUGUGCGGUAUCAAUGCGCCGAAAGUUCGCAAACUGAUGAAGUAACUAAUGUCAACUUUGAACGCACUGAUCGCGAUAAUCUAUUAGAUGCAAUCAUUGUGUUGACCGAAAAACGCUAUGGUGGUGGAGCGGUGCUUGUGAGCAGAUUCGCUGAAGAAUCGGAAACGAAUCUGAAUGAGACAUUGGUGGCCGAUAAUGAGGAACGGCAAACGGCUGCAUCGGCUCAGAUGACGCUCAAAAUGAUGAAUACGGGCGAAAAUCAAUUGCUGAGCACGAUGCAUUCGAGUGAAGAGCAUGCAUCAUGCUCAUAUUCACAGCAAGCACACAUACAAGCGCACCACUCGGUAGAGCAUAAAAUAAUCACUGCAAAUAAGUAUCAUCAGCAAUUAACGUCUACAUUUAAUGAAGCUAGCAGUGUACAAGAGGGAAUACAUCUCAAUUUCAUCAAACCUCAAUCUAUUGCUAGCAUUUCAAAGAGUCUCGCUGAAAAGCGUACAGGUGGUAAGAUUUGUCUGGCGACUGCAGCUGCACAACAAAACCAAAUCGAACAAAAAAUCUAUCUGAGCAAAAAGACUCGUUUUGAAGAUGUCGAGUUAUGUUGCUUCGAGGCGCAUACGACUCAGCCGAUCACCUUCUACACGGCGGCUGUCAGCCAUGAAACUAUCGUCUUUGCGGCUCAUCUACAGAAAUCCCAAGCCUUCGAUAGUAUCUCACAAACAAGAACGAUAGCGCGACGUGGUGAUAGCACAGUAAUGCUCAAAUUGAAGGAGUCCACUGAAUACGAUGAAUAUACAAAUAUGCAAAUGAGAGCUGUGGAAUCGCAUGAUUACACCGAAAUCGUGCUGAAUGAAUGUCGAUUCGGUGGUCGAAUUCAACUCGAAGCAGGUUGUGCGCAACAAAACGAUAUUUCAAUUCAAGUGAAUCUUCACAAACAAAAGACAACCCCUGGAGCACCACCGUCUAUGGAUGGUGAUGUUUCAAUAACAAGGAAAAUGAUCGCGCGGUGUCAUUCAAUGCGGUUGAAUUUAAUGGCUUCUGAAGAGUGCAAUGUUGAAAGUAGAUGGCAAUUAGAAUGCAACAAGAUUCGACAAUACCAUGUAAGUACGCUUCGGAAUGCUCCAAAUAGAGGGUCAACAACAGAGAUGAAGACGAAUGAAUCGCUCGAAACAAACAAGACGAUGAAUAUUUCACUGCAGUCUCAACAGCAACUGCUACACCAAAGCUAUACAGUUGCAGACAAACGCUAUGGUGGACUGAUGGCGUUCGAAUGUAGAGCAUCAACUGAGAACCAUCUUGGUGACGUGCUUUUAAGCCUUCAGAAAAGUCAAUCGUUCGCACAGUCGUCCUUAAAAAUACAACAAGCCAAUCGAUUCACACCCAUCGCAUUCAAAACGAUGGCUUCCCACGAAUCCGUUAUCAAUAUUCAAGUGUUUAUUGAUGCCGCUUCAGAAAGCGACGAAGGUCACCGAGGCGGCGAUAGUCUCCGAAGCAAUACUCGUCAACAAAAACGUUCAGCAUCUACAGUAGUGCGUUGUGCAAUAGCUGUAGAUGGUGGCCGUUUUGCAGCCAAAUUUGCAGCCACAUCAGAGACAACCUUUAAUGCAACAAUUUCAUAUGAGAAACAACAUCAAAAUGAUAUACGAUGCACAGUCGAACGACAUGAAUUAAGUCAAGAACAACAACUUCAAUUGCAACAACAAGAGACUAUUGAAGAGAGUGGCCGUGCGAAGCAUGUUCAGCGUGAUGAUGAUAAGGCGACCAUUCAAAUUGAGCAUGUUCAUCAAAGCGCUAAACAAAUAACCAAUAUUUCUUUACAAACAGAUUCGGCGCAGGAGACGGUUAUUCGAACCGAUGAACGGCUUCAAAGUGACGCAGCUCGACAUUCAGCCGAGGCCGAAACACAACAAGCGGUUACGAUUGUUGAGAGUGAUCAAAUCGUUUGUACGACACCAGUUGAAGUCGAAUUACGACAUCAUGAGGAAUCAAGAGAUGAGUGGAAGGAAGAAAAGAGUGAAAAGAGAGUUAGUUUCGCGGCCGAAGUAACUGAGAAGACGCUUUCAAUGGAUAUGAGUAUGACUGUCGAACGACCACAAGCACCAUCGAUCGUCAAAAAACCGAUGAAACGCGAAUCAAGAUCCAGACGUGCUGUUAUCAAACAAAAUGAAGCACCCAAUUUUGUACCGAUGCGUCGAAAUAGUCUUCUGAUGGCACUAGCUAUGGGUAGUCCACAUAAUAUACCACACUUUAGAACGCUCGAUGAUGUUAUUAGGGGCAUUAAACGAGCUGGUUUGGAGUAUUCAAAUCUCAUAUUUGGAAUCGAUUACACACGAUCAAAUUAUUAUCAAGGCGAGAAAACGUUCGACGGCAGGAACCUGCAUGAUCUGAACAGCGAAGAGAUGAAUCCCUAUCAACAGGUGAUCGAAAUUGUUGGUCGAACGCUUUCGUCAUUCGAUGCCGAUGGGGUAAUUCCAACGUUUGGAUUUGGUGACGAAGAAACAACAGAUCAAGCAAUCUUUAAUUUGUAUGACAGAGAUGAUUUCAAUCUAGAGUGCAAUGGCUUUGAAGAAGUGUUGAGAGUCUACAACGAGAAGACACCAUUCAUCAAUAUGUCUGGACCGACAAAUUUUGUGCCUCUUAUCGAAAAGGUGAUGUAUAAUACACCCAAUCAAGAAGCGUCAUUUGCGUUGAAUGCUUUAAUGGAGAUUCCAGAUCAAUAUAAAGCAAUUAAAGAGCUCGGUUUAUUGAAGCAUAAUCGUCGUGGUUGA